AUGAGAGCUUUUCAUCUCCUGUUGAUUCUGGUUUUAAUGGUGACAUUUCUAAUGAUGAGGCUGAAAUUGAUGAAAUUUUUAUUUUCCCAUUCAAACCGAUCGUGUCCUACCGAAAGAGCAAUAUUUUACAGAAUCACAGACAUUGUAGGUGCUGAAGCUGAAGAAGAAUCGUAUUCUCCUACUCAGAAUUUGAAUGCAUCAAAUGGGAUAAAAUCUGAUGAAAUUAAAUUACACAGUCCAUUUCAUAUUUUGAAAUCAAAAAAACAUGAUAAAGAUUCUGCUCAUCGAGUAAAAGUCAUCGAUGCCAACGACCAAAUCUCAACAAAUACUGAAAAACUUAAUGUUAAUAAUACUCUUUAUAGCAUCCCUGAUGGUUCAGGACGUAUUACAGUUGACAGCAAGUCUAAGAAAAAGGUGAAAUCUCAUCAUAAGAAACCACACAUAUUCGGUGGUCAAAUAUCGACUGAUGAAAUUAUUUCAGAUACUCCCAUGAAACUGGAUCAUCAUGAAGACUACCACGACCUAAUAGGAGUAUCUGUUUCUGGUCAUAAUGCUGAUCUUGCUUUAACUCCUCGGCGUUCUCCCAGUAAACUCAGAGAUCCCUCUAUUCGGAAAACGUGGCAUGGUGCAAGAGAACCCUAUUCUGACUUUGUAGGAAGUCUCAAUUCAGACCAAGAUGAAUACACUUUAACCGAAGAUGUUUCGGUUAGUUAUCUACAACCAAGGUCAACCACAAAAUCUUCAAAUAACAAUUCAUUAAACGCUUCUGACUUUCUUCGACGUAGUAUAGUAAAUUCAACAAAACGCCGCCCUUGGAGCACUUUAGAAUAUCCACCACCUGGGUGUCAUUUUGUAGACGAUGAUUACAUGUUUCCAGAUGCUUUAACACCGACUAAAAUUCCAAGUUUUCGAGCAAGCAAGGAAAUAGUUUAUGAUGUUCCAUAUAUCGACGAUAAAGCCAUUCCACGUUAUGAACCUGAAUGGCCUAUAGGUGAAUCAAGAAGAACUUUGAUAUCUCAACUCUCGCAGAAUAGUGGCAGUAUUGUUCGAAUGACAGCUGAGGAAGAAAGCAGUCUUAUAUCACUUGAUACUAAACUCUCCGAUCAUCAGAAUAUAUCCAAAAGAAUAAGUCGAUUUACAUCACAUCUAUUGAAAGGUAACAAAUCUUCAUUGGAACAAGAUGAUGAUGUUUCAAAAUCUCGAUCGAAAAGUUUAACUCGAUUAAAAACAUGGUGGUCUAAACGUGGUUCACCGCAUAAAUGA